AAGAGUAAGGUACAAGUUCAAACUAAAUUGACAAAGAUUCAACCAUCAGUCUCAAACCCAUACCACUCAUUUUAAAUUUCACAGUUAUAGAAAACACUAUUAAUUGAAAAGAAAAGGAGACAGUCAGAUAAAGCAUACUUCAUUUUGCAAGUUCUGGAAAGAAUUGUUUUCUAAGUGUUUUCUUAUCUCCAAACAACUGCGCUUGAAGUCUAUUUACUCUCAAUUUUCAUAUUUUUCCAACAAAGACAAAAUACUCUCAGUUAAUUUUGUUCUUCCUCCUUUACUUCCAUUAAAAAUUAAGGGAAUAAUCAGGGAAAGAGCAGGAGAAACGAACUCUAGUAGCCACAAACUGAAGAAGAAAAUGAUCAUCUUCUCUCCUCAUCUCCUUCAGUCUCGCUAAUCACUGGGAGAUUCAAAAUAAUGUUCACUUUACAUCAAGCAAACACCUAUAGUCCCAUGUCCCUCCUUAUUCUUCUUUCUUCUUGAUUUUUACAGAAGGUUGGUAUCAGGACCUUCACGUUCAUUUUAUAUUGCUGUAAAUAGAAAGGCUGGAUUUCUAUUGAGUUUAAUCGAUUCAAUUGCAGUGACUUUUAAGCGUAGCUUAGGACUCAUUUUUAUGCAUACUUUCUUUUCAAGUAUCUGGUUUUAGAAGACAAGGCAAGAAAUUUUUCUUGGCUUCAAAGCUAAACACUCAUCAUAGACAUAUAGAUGGAUGUAUAAAUUUGUUGUCCUAGCAACACAAGUGAUGUGGCUCCUCCUCUUCAAACAAUGGAUACCCACAAGACAAAAUUGGUUUUCUCACUCACCCUUUUUACUAUCUUGAUCAGGAAUGUGGCUAUAACAACAAGUGAUGGGAUUUAUGAGUUGGAAGAUGAUGAUGCAUGGCAAAUGGCGCAGAGAAAAGGGAACCAAUUUGUUGUCAAUGACAAACCUUUCUAUGUGAAUGGAUUCAACACUUACUGGUUAAUGGUAUUUGCUGCGGAUGAAUCAACAAGAGGAAAAGUGACCGAGUUGUUUCAGCAUGCAUCUUCAGUGGGUCUAACUGUGUGUAGGACUUGGGCUUUCAAUGAUGGUCAAUGGCGAGCUCUUCAGAAAUCUCCAUCAGUCUACGACGAGCAAGUUUUCAAGGCCCUGGAUUUCGUGGUAAGUGAAGCAAACAAAUACAAGAUCAGACUCAUAUUGUCAUUGUCUAAUAAUUGGGAUGCAUACGGAGGGAAACCACAGUAUGUGAAAUGGGGAAAAGAAGCUGGCCUUAAUUUGACAUCUGAUGAUGACUUUUUCUCCCAUCCCACUCUCCGAAGCUACUACAAGGCUCAUGUUAAGACGGUGCUCAAUAGAGUCAAUACAUUCACAAACAUCACUUACAAGGAUGAUCCUACGAUUUUUGCCUGGGAACUGAUGAAUGAACCCCGUUGUACCUCGGAUCCCUCUGGUGACAAGCUGCAGUCAUGGAUACAAGAAAUGGCAGUGUAUGUGAAGAGCAUGGAUGCAAAGCACUUGGUUGAGAUUGGAUCAGAAGGAUUUUAUGGUCCCUCUGCACCUGCAAGAACUCAGUUCAAUCCAAAUACCUAUGCUACACAAAUUGGAACUGACUUUAUAAGGAACCAUCAGGUUCUGGGUAUUGAUUUUGCCUCUGUUCACAUUUAUGCCGAUUCCUGGCUUUCACAAACCAUCACUGAUGACCAUCUUCAAUUCACCAAAUCAUGGAUGGAAGCACACAUUGAGGAUGCUGAGAAGUAUCUUGGAAUGCCUGUUCUGUUCACUGAGUUUGGUGUAUCUGCUAAAGACCCUGGUUACAAUUCAUCCUUCAGAGACACCCUUUUCAACACAGUCUAUAAAACACUCUUGAACUCAACAAAGAAAGGAGGCAGUGGAGCUGGGAGUCUUUUCUGGCAGCUCUUCCCUGAAGGGACAGAUUACAUGGAUGACGGCUAUGCCAUAAUUCUUCCCAAAUCUCCUUCCACAACCAAUAUUAUAUCUCUUCAGUCAACAAGACUCGCAAUCUUCAAUACCAUGUGCUCUUGGCAUUGCCACUGGGGCUGCAGGAAGAGAACUCCUUUGGAGUCAUUCCUUUACCAUGAUGAUCUGUAACUUAUUCAAGUAAUGCUGUUCUCCUAUUGGAGAAAACAACAAAUAUGUAUUAAUCAUCAUAAUAUUACCUGUAUGUACUUACUACUGCAAAAAUAUGAAUACUUUAAUCUUAUAAACAAGGGUUCUGAGAA